UGUCUUCCCAAUGAUUUUCAGUAACAACCUCUAAGUUCAAGUGCCGGCGAUCUCCUUAGAGCCAGCUCUCCUGCCAGUGCCAGGCCAUUCCCGGAGGGGUUUUAAGGCAUUCGGUGACCGGGAGGUGCCUUUGUCCCCUUUUCCCGUUCCCUUUGUCCCCCCGCGCUGGCAGCGGGAGCAGCUCCUGGCGCCAUCGAUGCGCUCUGCGCGCCUCUGCGGGCGCGAGCCGAUGACGUCAGCGGUAGCCCCGGCCAAAUUUAAAGGCGGCGCGCGCCAAAUUUGAAGGCGGCGCGCUGGUCCGGGUCCCGGUCUCGCGCCCCCUCAGACCGCGUCUCGCGCCCCCUCAGGCGCCCCCUGGGGCCGCCAUGGCCACCCCGCCCAAGCGCGGCAGGCCCGACGGCCGCAUCAAGAAGGUCGCCGUGGAGGGCAACAUCGCUGCAGGGAAAUCCACCUUUGUGAACAUUCUGAAACAAGCCAAUGAGGAGUGGGAAGUGGUUCCCGAGCCUGUAGCUAGAUGGUGCAAUGUCCAGCAAAGCUCUGGAGACGACUGUGAGGAGCUGAGCACGUCGCAGCGGAGCGGCGGGAACGUGCUGCGCAUGAUGUACGAGAAGCCGGAGCGCUGGGCCUUCACCUUCCAGACGUACGCCUGCCUCAGCAGGAUCCGGGCUCAGCUCGGCGCCCUGGACCGCAAGCCUGGCAGCGCCCAGGACCCCGUGGUGUUCUUCGAGCGCUCCGUCUACAGCGACAGGUACAUCUUUGCUGCUAAUUUGUACGAGUCUGACUGCAUGAAUGAGACCGAGUGGACAAUUUACCAGGACUGGCACGACUGGAUGAACAAACAGUUUGGCUCAAGGCUGGCGCUGGAUGGGAUCAUUUAUCUCCGAGCCACUCCUGAGAAAUGCUUGAAUAGGAUUUACUUGCGUGGAAGAGAUGAAGAACAAGAAAUCCCCAUAGAAUAUCUGGAGAAGCUUCACUACAAGCAUGAAAGUUGGCUCCAGCACAGGACACUGCGAACAGAUUUUGACUAUCUACAGGAAAUUCCGAUUUUAACGCUCGAUGUUAACAAGGACUUCAAAGGCAAAAAGGACGAAUAUGAUGACAUGAUCGAAAAGGUCAAGGAAUUUUUGAGCACGUUGUAAUCCUCUUUGAAGUGCAGACAGAGUCAAACCAUUCCAAACUUCUGUGUGAUUCCAAGUGCAGCUUCUUCCUUCUUUUAUAGGAGGCCUCUGGAGAGGCAAGACUCAGUCCUGGUGAUUUGGUUGUGAGGAACAAAUAAACUUUGGGAAUAGGGGAAUUAUUAAAUAAAUGGGUACGUCUAUUCAGUAUUAUGUGAAGUGACAUGCACAGAUUCUGAAGAGACAAGGAUUCUGAGCACUGCCAAAUGCUGUGCCAGUUUUUGAUCAGACCAAUGAGUUCCAGAGUAGUUUGUAGGUGUUUUUAAUUUAUUUUGUGCCCAACUGCUGUUUAAUUUUGAAGAAGGUACCUGGUUUUUAGAUCUCUUCAUUGUUUUUUUAGCUGCAUGGAUUUGUAAUGGAUGUUUUCUUGUUCCCAGGAAGUAAAAGCUGAAAAGAGUUUUUGCUGCUGAGGGCAUUUUAUGAUAACCUAGAAUUUUAUGGUUUAAGGUACACAAAAAUGUUUUCUGAUUCUUUUCAUAGAAGAAGUUCUUCGUAGAAUACACUGAAUUAAAGCCAAAUGUGACUGAAAUUCCCUAUAUAGAAAAUGAAUUUUUAUACCUACUUCUGUUAUGCACUGCAAACUAGGAUAUUUGAGUUUUUUUGUUUUACCAAUUUUUAUUAGCUUUUCCAAAAAGAGUGCUAUGUGUGUUGCUGGUCAGUCCUUUUCUCCUGGAGAGGAAUAUGUUUGCUUGCUAGGCACUGCGCUGGGCAGAAGGGCAUUUUGCAAAUGGCCUCCAUCUGUAAAUGAUGUGUUGCUGAACCAUCCCAUAAUCGCAUUAGGGAUGUGAGAGGUGGCUUCCUGCCUUUGUUCCAGCUGCUCCGUGUGUUCACUGAGCCUUCGGGGUGCUUAUCCCAGAUCCUGCACUGUUGGAAGUAGGUUUUUCAGUCUCACCUGCUUGGAGUAAGGUGUGGAGACCUGUGUGGAGUAGCUGCUGCCUGAGCCUCUUGUUCCAGGUGCACAAAACAAACUUCAGGCUGCCCAUCUCCAGUGCUGGGUUUUGUGAGCUGCCUUGUUCUGCUUUGAACAGUUCUGAGUGCACGUUCGGCUUUUGAAGGCAAAAUUUUAUUGUAAAGCUUUUUAUUGUCUACCAUGAUUCUUCUGCUACCUGCUUGCUGGAGAUGAGAUUUGUUCCUUUAUGGCUGGAGUUGUGCUGGUAUUCCCUAAUCAUUGGCUGAAAAAUAAAAGUGGUUGGAAAGA